AUGAAGAGGUCCAUGGCCAUCAUACUCGCCUUGCAGUGCGUAUUGACACCAGGCCUCGCAAGAGUAACAUUACGAAGUGACUACACGGAAGAAGCAAGCCAACCCGUUCACUCUCUUCAAGCUCGACAACAGGACUCAUCAGACAAAGGUGUCUUGGAGAAUGAGGUGCGCGAUGGCACCUGCAAAGAUACCAUGUUCUUCUUCCUCCGCGGAAGCACUCAACAGCCGAAUAUGGGAUUGCAACCGGGCCCUCAACUCGCGGCGUACCUCCGCUCAACCCUAGGCGCGGACAAGAUUGCUAUUCAAGGCAUUGAAUACGCCGCAACGCUGCAAGACAACCUCUGCAUCAACAACCAGCUGUGCCGGCCGCGCGAGGUCACCAGCGCGAGCACUCAGAUCCGCGAGUACAUGGACCAGUGCUCCGACUCUGAUAUCGUCGUCGGAGGGUACAGCCAAGGCGCUGCGAUGCUUUCCCGCGUGAUUUCGGACAGGCUUGGAUCGGAAUACAAGGACCGCAUCGUGGCCGCCGUGACAUUUGGCAACACUAUGCAGGUGUACAACAAGAACACGAUACCCGGUCUGGCACCGGAAAGAGUGCAGAUGUUUUGCAACAAAUUUGACCCGGUCUGCCGCAACGGUCUACCCCUCGGCGCCGUGAUGCCAGGCCACAGAGACUAUCGCCCCUCCGCCAAACCCGCCGCCGAGUUUCUCGUGCAGAAGCUCGCCGCCGCCAAAGGCUGGACCACCGUCCCCAUCGUCUCCGACAUCGACCUCUCCCACUUCGCCGACGUGGGCUUCACCUUCCGCGAAAUCUACCGCGGCGCGCCCGCCGGCAGCUCAACCUCCUUCAACGACGGCACAGAACUCGCCAAGCUGGACAGCGUGCGCGUCGUCUCCAUCUUUGGCCGCGGCGCUGCGCGGGUCGACGCGCUCGGCGUCAAGAUGGACGGGGGCCCCGACGGGGCGCAGGAGCACGGCGGUAGCGGCGGGAAUUUCAAGGAGCUGACGCUGGAGGAGGGGGAGUACUGGAUCAUGACGGAGGUGUGCAACGGCCGGAAGAAGAAGAAGGACCGCGUUGGGUUCUUUCGGGCUUCGACUAGUCUGGGCCGGGUUCUGGAGGUUGGGUCGAGGACGAAUGAUCGGUGUGUUACGUUUGUGCCGGGUGAGGGCCGCUCGUUUGUGGGUAUGCAUGGGGAGUCUGGGGAGGAGGUGGACUCUGUUGGAUUUAUCGAGUAUCCUAAACUAGACUAA